GUUGUGGAAGGAAAAUCUGACAUUGUCCAAGUCUUUCUGCUGCAAAUCCAGCUCUAGUUAGCCAGGGUGUGGUCCUUCAUUUCAGUUUUUCACACAACCACUUGAUUAUGUAGCACUGUUUACAGAAGCACUGUUUAUUUUGGCACUGAACAAAAUCAAUGUUGGAUAUUUCCGAGAACAGUAUAGUGCUGGUUUCGGUGCAUUUGGCAUGAAGUACACUGUUUUUAUCUAGAAGCCACUCGUGUGCUGAACUCCGGCUACUGUUAAAUCCUGAAAGAGGCCAUGAGGGUGAUGUAUGUCAUAAAAAGUGCCUUUGCUGAAGUCUGUGUUACUUGGAACUGCUUGUAGGUCGGUCUGCUCUCGUGAGCCUUGCUUGCUGCCAGUUAGACAAAUGUCUGGCCUAACGUGCAACUGAAAACAGAAAUCUCUGCUGCAUCUGUGGCUGCUGUUUCAUCUUAAGCUGAACGUUACAUCAAAAAAAAUUGGAACAACAAUCUACUGCAAGAAGAACCAACCAACAUACGGAGAGCUGAGUACGCUGAAUAGAGUAAAAAUCAAUAACUGAAAGUGACUCAAGCCUGAUUCAUAAUCAAUCAACUGGUGUGAUUGCAUCAAAGUAACUUUUAAUUAAAAAGCAAUAAAGUGUGUGUGUCAGCACAAAUAAAUUUUCAACAAUCAUACUGGGAAAAAAACGGGGUUAAAUCUCCACAAACUGAAGGUGACAACUCAACUAGUGACUGAUCGACCACUUGCUGACUUGACUGUUUUGAUGUUGACUAAUUCAUGGCAAACCAAUUUUCGAGCAGCGUUUUAUGAAGUAAUUUUUUGGUUAAUGACCAAUAAGAAGCAUUUUAUAUAUUGAAAGAGGUAUCUUUUUGUUUUUAAUCCUUUUGACUGCUGCAUUUCCCUCAGAAUCCUGACACUAAGCUGUUCUAAAACACGCUAAAAACACUUCGAUUUAUUAUGGCUGUAAACGUUACUCCAGUACGUGAUACAAAAUGGCUGACGUUAGAAGUGUGCAGACAGUUUCAGAGAGGGACAUGUUCACGUUCAGACCAGGAAUGCAAGUUUGCACACCCACCAAAAAGCUGUCAAGUUGAAAACGGACGAGUUAUUGCAUGCUUUGAUUCCCUCAAGGGCAGAUGCACAAGGGAGAACUGCAAGUAUCUUCAUCCACCAAUGCAUUUAAAAACGCAGUUAGAAAUUAAUGGACGUAACAAUCUCAUACAACAGAAAACAACUGCAGCUAUGCUGGCACAGCAGAUGCAAUUUAUGAUGCCAGGUGCACAGAUUCAGCCAGUCGCCACGUUUCCGAUGAACCCUGGCACGGGAGUAAAUAAUCAUGCUUUUAGUUUUAGUCCUUUCCUGGCACCCAUGCCUCCCAAUGUGGGAUUAGUUCCAACAGAAAUUCUCUCCAACCCCCCAGUCCUUGUCCCUGGAAGUCCACCCAUUUCAGUUGCAGGAACGGGAAAUGUGCAGAAGCACAUGAGAACUGACCGAUUAGAGGUGUGCAGGGAGUUUCAACGAGGGAACUGCACUCGGGGUGAGACUGAUUGUCGUUUUGCUCACCCUGCAGACAGCACAAUGGUGGACACCAAUGACAACACUGUAACUGUCUGCAUGGAUUAUAUCAAAGGUCGAUGCUCGAGAGAGAAGUGCAAAUACUUCCACCCCCCUGCACAUUUACAGGCCAAAAUAAAGGCAGCUCAACACCAGGCCAACCAGGCUGUGGCAGUGGCUCAAGCAGCUGCUGCAGCAGCAACAGCAAUGACUCAGUCGGCUGCCAAAUCUGUGAAACGACCCCUCGAGGCAACCUUUGACCUGGCCUUCCCACCUGGUGUUCUUCACCACUUACCAAAGAGACCAGCCCUUGAAAAAAGCAAUGGUACCAGCACAAUCUUUAAUCCUAGUGUUUUGCACUAUCAACAGGCUCUAGCCAAUGCACAUAUGCAGCAGCCAACAUUUUUUCCAACAGGGUCGGUGUUUUGCAUGACUCCUCCAGCCACAACUGUUGAUCAUGCUGAAAUAGUGAACCCGAAGCUAUUGAAUUCCCAGGACAUCUCUAUGGAAACUCACGAACAAGCUUACUGUAAAUACUAUCCUCUUCUCUCCCCACCUGCAUCCAUACUGGGCUUACCACAGCCAGCAUGCUAACUCAAUUAUGACGCAUUCUAUUUAGAUUAAGCAAGAAUACAAGAUCUUGAUGGGAAAUGCAUUAUCAAAUUUAAGGAUAUAGAUGAUUUCAGGCACAUAUUUAAUAUUCAUAUAUCCUGUAAAUAACUCUAGCACUUAAGAUAAAUAUUACAAUCUAGACAAUGGUAAUCUAAUUUCUGAUGUCUCAUUUUGUGGAGAUGUUAAGCCAUUACAUUCUGUAAAGAGUGUGAUGUGGUUAUAUUGUUAACAAUUUGUUGUCUGAUAUCAUGGUAUAUAAAAACAGCACCUGCUGAGUUGGAAGAAUCCCCAAUGACAUCUAUAGAAACAGUACACAGUACCUAACAAAACUCUGAGGGUUACAGUGCAAAAACAAAAUGGGUUUUUAAACCUUUUAAUAGCCUAAUUAAUAACUGGGGAAAAAUAGCAUUUGAUCAAUACCGAUCAGUUUUUGUUUUCUUAAAAAAACAAUGACAAUUAGGAAAACUAAAUCUUGUAGAUGCGAAUUAUGAAAUAACUCCAGGGUUAUUGAUAUUAAUCUGAAAUAUUGCACAGACAUAAUGACUUGCCAAAGCUUACUGUAUAUUGAUUGCUGAUGCUCUUGAUGCCUUGUUGUGGCAAUAUGAGCAAAUCAUGAAGGGAGGUCUUUCCAAUGAAUUGCAGUCAUUUUUGGAUUUGUAGUUCCUACACUGAGAAGUUAAGAGGUUGGUUUAAUUUACUAAGGCAGCUUGUUUCAGAGUUUGAUGAAUCUUGUCAAAAGUGAAGUUCCCACUGCCAACUCUGCAAUUGUCUUUAGGGCUGGCACAGUGAAACUUCAGUCAGUGUGGCUGGUGACAAAAGCACUUGAUUUUUUUGUGAAAACACAGUAGGUCAGUUUCGCUGCAACGAUAAUAAUUUUGCCCACCAUAUUUUCUGCAUGACCAAAGAUUCUUCCAACUCCAAAAGAUGCACCGUAUUAUAAAGUCAAUUAUAAUCUAGUACAUGAUUUAUGUAACAGUGCCUAAAGAGGGUGGGCCAAUUAUUCACAAAUAUGUGCAAAGUGUAAGUUUUACCAAAAUUGCAUUUUGUGUUUUCUCAUGUUAGCGAUGGAGACCGAAUUAGCUGGCACAAUUUGUCAAAAGUAUAGUUGGAGUACACAACCAGAAGAAUUAAUUUUUUAAAAAAAUAAUUAUUCUUUUUCUAAGAAAAGGCUCUUCCCAAAUGCACCCUAAUCUCUCACUAAUAUUAUUUUACUAUCAACAGAGCAAGGAUGAGGGCUGGUGAUUCUUUCUUCCUAUCAACCAAAUUAAAUCCUAAAACUGUAAAUUGUACCAAAUUCAUUCAUUCUGCAAGUCACAAUCUGAUUGUGACUCUAAUAUGAGGUUUAGAAGAGACAUUGACUUUAAUAAAACACCAUUCAACAAAAUUAUGUUGUAAUAUCUCAAAAAAAAGAAAAAAGGAUGUAUACUAAGGCUGGCUCAGUACUGUAAUAUAACCUUGAGUUCUACCAUAUGAUCUUAAUACUGGUGAACCAAUCAGUAACUACGUAAAGUCAUCAGAACACUGCAAACACAAAAACCUAUAACUUGGUAAUUUUCUUUUUUUAAUUAUAGUUUAUAUUUAAAGAAUACUUUUUAAAGUCUUAGAAGAUCAUAGAUAAGUCCAUCCAUUGUAAUGAUUAGAAAUUAGUUAAUAGUUUGAUCAGAAUCUUUAUUGUGUUCAAAGUAUAUAUUCCAUUUUCAUAAUAGGUUUACCUUUUUACAAGAUUGGUUUUAUGAUAUGAAAUGUUAAUGGUUUUAUAGUAGAAUUGAUACUAAAGAUAAUAUGUAAUGAUUUUGUUUUCUUGAACCUUUUAUUGAGGAUUAAUAGAAGUAGUAACAUUUUUUUUAAAUCCUGCUCUUACACUAUACAUGUGGAGCUCAGUCCAUUUCAAGCCAACUAGACCUGCAUCUAACAAUAGUAAAACACACCAUUAACAAAUAGGAAACGAUGUCACAAUGAGACUUUCAGAAGUCCACUACAGGUCAACAGUUGUCGUAGUUUAAUGAUAAUGUCAUAAUAACUUUUAAGAGCUUUUUUUUCACAGCCACAUUUAUUAUCAAUAUCUAUCACCUUUUUUUUCUGUCUUUGUGUAGAAGGGCAAAGUUUCUUUCAGUUCUCUAACACAAUAGCAAUAUUUUCUGUUAUGAAAUAGUGCACUUAGCUUAAAAGCUUGUUGCACUACAAUAAGUGGGCAUAACUUGUGACCACAGCACUUACCCAGUGCACUUAGUUUUCUAAGGCCUCAGACUCAAACUCGUAACAAAAUUUAUUGCCUAAUUAGUAUUUUAACACACAUAAGUUGAUCUUUAACAUGAAAUAAUUGUCACAAUAAUGGCAGGAUACAUGUGUACUUGUGUAGAUCUGUGUAUUUUUUUAAACUUUAAGGAUAGAUUACUUGUCUUUAUACUUCAGUUUUUCCAACUGAUAAAAUGAACCAUUUGAUCUGCAGAUAUUGGCUUUUAGCCAUCUGUGUACUGUCAGAUGGUGUAAAAUUGAUACUGUUUGAAUAUUUUUGAAAUUCUCACCCAAAGAACACAUUGGUCUGUGUUCAUCAAAGGCUUUGUUGUUUUCAGAAGUGUUACGACUAUCUCAGAGUUGACAUACAGCUAAAAUAUCUGAUCCUGGUGAUGUACAGAUAUGUAUAACAUAUCUAGUUGCACUUAUGUACAUAGUAAGUAUGUAAUAAAACUGUCUUAAUAUUGUAAAACGAGCGGCGGAGGUUUUUAAAUAGAAACUAAAUCCUCCGUUCAAAACUUUGUCAUGAGAGGCAGUUUUAAAUGAAUUGUAACUGUUUACUGAAAUAUAAUAUAUUUCCUGUUGGAAUUCUAGGCAGUUAACACAAACUAUUUUUUAAAACUAUAUAUAAAAUUGUAUGCUGCAAUUUUUAUUUAGAAAUGAACAUUCAUGCCUCUACUAUGGAGUGCUAACCACAGUUAGUCUCUCAUGCUUGUAGCUUUGAGCAACAUUAAAAGAUAAAAUAUUCAAACAUAUCAUACAAGUCUGACAGAAACAGCAUCCCUGAGGACACAACAUUUUCAACCCAACGGGAAGCUGUUUAUGUUCCCUUUCACUCACUAUACCUUAUUUACAAUGUUACUGGGUUGUAAUCUCAAGAAUUGUUUUGCCAAGCACCACACUAACGAGCCGUGGAAGUUUACCGUCACCAUUCUGUGACUUCUGAUACAAUUUUCUGGUUAAAAAAUUAGUGUUAAAUUGAAAAAAACAUUACUCGGGCUGCUUUUGGCAAACAGUUGCCUGGUAAGUGUUUAGUUCAAUAUUUCACAAAGCCAGUUUGAAAUCUAGUGACAGUGGCCAAAUACAUUUACGAGCUAUGCUAUUUGGUGAAUCUUAGUAGUUGAAGAAUGUAAUCGUUCCAUACACACACACACACACACACACACACACACACACACACACACACACACACACACACACAAAUGGAGUGCAGUUAGUGGUUCAAUAGGCUUAGUAAUAUGUCACUCUGCAAUGAAACAAUUGUCUGUACACAGAGCCUCCACUUCCCAGGUAUACAGUACCGACUUUUUUCUGUAUUACUGCCAGAUUAUAUACUGUUUAUGGUUUAGUUAUGUUGAAUGAUUCACUGUUUUAUUUCCUAAGAUGCAACUAUUUGUUUAUGAACAUUGAGGGGAAAAUAAAGAAAUAUUU